AUGCUUCAAGGGCUUAUCACUCAAGGACAGCAGCACACUAUGAGCCACAUUGGGCUGGCAGAGACCUCAACCCUACUGCAGUCGCUAAAAGAUGAGGGUUUGAUUGGGACUAGGUCCUGGGGCCUCGAUUCUGGGUCGCAAAGCUCUGCUGCCCCGAGAAAUGGAAGCUUGGUCCUAGGGGGUUACGAUGCUUCAAAACUUGAUGGGAGUUGGAUCACAUUCCCAAUUCCAGAGUCGAACUUGGUCAGGAAGCGUCCGUGUCCUCUCCAGGUUUCGAUUACCGAAAUGAGCUUCACAGUUCACGUUGGCCGGGAUGGUGCUAAAACGAAGACACAAGUGAAGGGGGAUAACCCUCUUGUUGCUUGUAUAGAGCCAUAUGACAACCAGUUCGGAUUCCCAGGUGCAUAUCUUGACGAGGUCAAAGAAAUGCUCGGCAAGGAGGAAUCUCUCGCUGCUCCUACCGAGUACACAGCGCUUUAUAGUAUUGAACUUAGGCUAGUCGGAUCGUCCGAGUUGACGGUCGAGGUACCUUCCCACGAGCUUGGUGCGUUUCUCCUGCCGGAAAGGCCAGAUACUCUGAUGCUCACCAUAAAUUUCUCGCAGUACGGCCUCUCCGUGGGCUUGAUACAGAUGGACGUCCGGCUGUAA